AUGGAUAGUGAUAUUGGCCCGAAGUUUGAGUUUCCUUCAGGUACCAGCCAACACACAAAAGACGAGAUGAACACGGCGUCAAAGGACGCAAUGACACUGGCGAGAUUGGUGGCCAUCACCUCUGUCCCUUGCGAUACGGGCUUCCUGCGAUACUUCCAACCACAAGACCAUUUGUUCGUGCAGCGAGUUUUCCGCACCAUUGCCAACAUCCCCUUCGGCCAGCAAUUUGACCCCAGCAAUAUCGCCGAGCUUUUGACGUCGAUGGACAAGGAGCCGACGCUGAAUCCGAAAUUCGAGCAUUUAUCAAUCUCUCUCGGAGACCACCCCGAUGUGCGCGAGCAAGACCGCGGAAGAAGUUGCAAGGAUGGCAAGCUGGGAGCUCAAACGACAUAUCUGCCUUCGGUGUAUGGUGAUCGCGCGUUGAUGGCGCUUUGCCAGCCGUCGUUCGAGUUCUACUACUCCCUGCAGGACAUUGAGCAUCCGCCUGAGUGGGCCCUGACUGCACCAGGCGGCAAGCCAGAAGGUGGAUUCAGCUGUGACGGCUUGCUCGACAGAGAUAGCAGCUACAUGCUCAGUCCCGGCUCUGUCAUCCUCCAUGAGCUGAUGCACUGGCCCUAUCUGCUGCAGGAUAUCCCAGAUUAUGCCAGGCUCGCGCAGCCAACGACGGGUGGAUACUCCAAGAUCCUGGACUUCGCGGGGCCGAAUCCGUCCGACGGCUAUGCUAAGUUUUCGAGUUGCUGA